CUGACCUUAUCGCCUCAUACAAGUACACUGAGCAACAAACGAGAGAGGCUUUUCCCCCUAGUAGCGUUCAUUGUAUUAGAAGUAGUUCAGCUUGAGUUACAAGGGUCCGACUUCCUUGUGUUCGAGGUCAUUCUGUCGCUUUCAUCUCAGCCUGCUGUUAAAGGGAGACUAGUAAUGAAGAGCCUUCCGUAUUUCUGUCGAGGAGAGGUCAUCCGAGGGUUUGGAAGGGGAAGCAAGGAACUGGGGAUUCCAACUGCCAACUUCCCGGACUCUGUGGUGGACAAUCUUCCAUCAGAUAUCAAUACAGGGAUCUAUUAUGGCUGGGCCUGUGUCGGAAACGGGGAUGUGUACAAAAUGGUGAUGAGCAUCGGCUGGAACCCGUACUACAAAAACACAAAGAAAUCUAUGGCAAGUAUAAGAUCAUUCGUUUUCGGUUCAAACAGCUCACUUAAAAGAAAUAUGAAAGAAACACAUGUGAUUCACAAAUUCAAAGAAGACUUCUAUGGGGAGAUUCUCAGCGUGGUCAUGGUGGGCUACAUCCGUCCAGAGAGGACCUACGACUCACUAGUCACGCUCUCUCUGCCCUUUUUCUCCUUUGUCCUGACAGAGGCUCUAAUUGCGGCAAUAAAUAAUGACAUUGAGGAAUCAAAGCAGAAGCUGGAGGUCCCAGAGCAUCGCAAACUAAAAGACGACAACUUCUUCACCAGCACAGCCAGCUCCACCUCAGUCUCACCUUCCACUGCUGCGUCCACGUCCCAGACUAUUCUGAACGGCCACUGA